UGUAAACAACACGACGUAUGUUCCGAAUGCAAACCUGGGUUUUCGAACACGCAGAAACUGUGUACAUGUAGAACAGAUAUUUGCGAUAAUUCAGUUAACUGCAACUCAUGCACGAACACCUCCUUUUAUCCAAAUGAUGGUAAAUGUUGCUUGUGCUAUCUUGAGAAUUGUCUUUCAUGUGCUAAGUUUUUUAAUAUAAUUAUUGCAUCAUUUGCAAGAGAGGAUAUUAUCCAAAUAGAAAUGGACAAUGUGAAGCUUGCAAUUCACAAUGCGUUAAUAAUAAAUGCAAUUCGUCUUCGGGAAAUUGUAUUCAAGGCUGCACAAAUGGAUACUGGAAUCAAACCUGUGACAACAAAUGUGCCCAAGAAUGUUUAUCUUGCAGUCAAGCAGAUGGAUCGUGCACACAAUGCAAAAAUAAUACCAAGUAUGGACCUAAAUGUAGACUAGAAUGCAGCACUACCUGUAAAUAUUCCAAGUGUGGCAUUGAUGGCAAUUGUAAAUAUGGAUGCAUAACAAAUACGUUUGGAAAGAAAUGUGAAAACAAGUGUGAUGACCAUUGUUCACCAAAGAACAAUAGCACACUUUGUUUUGAAGAGUCAGGAAUGUGUUUAUACGGUUGCCAAACAGGAUACCGGGGAAGAUUUUGUCAUCAAGUUGAAGCAGUAGUGGAACAACAUCCAUCGUCAAUUGAAGCUCUUGGUGGAGGAAUUGGCGGAGGAGUAGUCGCUCUUGCUGUCAUUGUGGUUGUUGGACUUUGUUUGCUUCGGAGAAGAAGAAGCAAACUAUCCAAAAAAGAAACCGAGAACCUUUCCGCCCUGUACGCAACAGUGAAAAAAGGAAGAGCUGCGCGAGCAGGGAACGCUAAUGCGGAUACUGACAAUUUUCACUCUGUCAUCAUCAUAGAAAACCCCGAUUACGAAAGUCUACUUACGGGUAGUUCUGAUAGGAAAAAUACACCUUAUUUGACAGAAGACAAUCUUGAACUUGACGAAGAUGAUAUUUUCGCAAAUGAAACUGCAAAACUAUUUGUUGAAAGAUGUGGUGUUUAUUAUAACAACGCUAGAGAAGUUAGCAAACUGAAUGUUUCCGAUCUUCCAGAACAUGUACAAAAUAUUUCUUUAAAGGAACUAGAAGAAGAAUUUCAGAAAAUUCCAUACGGUUUUGUGAAAUCCUUUGAAGUUUCACAAACAAAGUUAAACAUGCACAAAAAUAAGUAUCGAAGAAUCUACCCGUAUGAUGAUACGCGAGUUUUAGUACGCGGCGGAGACACAGACUACAUUAAUGCAAGCUAUAUAGACGGAUUCAGAAGACGAAAUGCAUACAUUUCUACCUUGGGUCCAAUGGCUAAACAGCUUGACGAUUUCGGCCAGUUCUGGCGAAUGGUCUGGCAACAGGAAGUGGAGAAGAUUGUCAUGUUGACCAAUUUGGUAGAGGGUGAGAGCACCAAAUGCGAGCAAUAUUGGCCUCAUCAUAAUCAACGUAUACCAUACGGCGAUAUAGAAGUUGUGUGCAAGGUGGACAAAUUGUACGCAGAUUUCAUUUGGAGACAAUUUACGCUUUCUAAGAAUUCCGAAGAAAGAAGUCUCCAUCAUCUUCAAUUCACAAGCUGGCCAGCAAAAGACGUCCCUGAUAAUGUUACAUCAUUGAUAGAGUUAAGACAGAGGGUGAACGCCUUGCCGAGUACCUUUAACGGACCAGUAAUUGUGCAUUGCAGUGCUGGUGUUGGAAGAACAGGAACCUAUAUAGCUCUGGACAUUCUGACUAACGAGGGUGAGGCGGAAGGAGCAAUAGAUAUCCCGGGAUGUGUUCUCAACAUGAGAAAGAACAGACUCAACAUGAUUCAGACUAUGAGUCAAUACAAGUUUCUUUACCAAGCUUUGGUCCAUUCAUUGACCAUGGAGGGGUCGUUGAUAAAAAGAGACCACUUCCAUGAAUAUAUGACGAUGUCCAGCCAACAGGAGGUACACAAGCAGUUUGAGAAACUGCAAUUGAACCAAGAGCAAAAGUCGGAUAAGGAGCUACAGGCUACUGGAAGGAAUCGGCUUCUAACAAUCAAAAACAGGAAACUCGCGGAUAUACCAGGUGAUUCCAAUAGACCACGUCUGUAUCUGUUUUUGAAACCAGGCGAAUCUGAUUACAUCAAUGCAAUAUACAUCAACAGUUUAAGAACGAGAAAUCGUUUUUUGGUUGCGCAAACACCUCUGCCUGAUACAGUUUCUGAUUUCAUCACACUUGCUGUUCAAGAAAACUGUUCAUGUAUCGUUAGUAUGGAGGGACACUUGGAAAAGCAUGAGGGGAUUGGCUUGUACUUUCCUUGUGACAAUCGGACAUUGAAGAAGAAUAUGGUUUCCGUACGAUCAUCAACAGCUCUGAAUGAGAUACACUUUGUAAAAAGAAUGCUGCAUUUUAAACACGAAAGAAAGACCAAAACAGACGUGAUGAUUCCACACUAUGAAUACUUGGACUGGGAUACAAAAUUCAAUAUUCCGAAGUCGGCAGAACACUUUGUUGCAUUCAUCAAUGAAGUAGAAGACGCUUCCAAAUCAUCUCGCCUCAAGGGACCGAUCCUGUUGCAUUGUCUGAAUGGUGCUGGAAAGAGCGGCCUUUUAUGUGUUGUCUCGAUAUUACUCGAAAAACUGAUUGAAGAUAAUGAAGUCAGUGUGGUCAAUGCGGUGAAUCAUGUCAAAGUUAGAAGACCACUCGCUAUUCCAAAUAAGGAGCAGUUUUACUUCUGCCACGAGUGUGUUCUCCAUUCCUUGAACGCAACUGAAAACGCUGUGUAAUACAUCAUAAGAGAGAAUGCUGCGUAAUACAAUUUAAAAGGGAAUGCUGCGUUAUACACUAUAAGAGGGAAUGCUGCGUUAAACAUUAUAAGAGUGAAUGAAGCCGGCUGUCUAAUUUAGAGCAAUAUCAUCAGGUGUGUGUCCUUGACUUGAAGAAAUGAAUAAACAUUUGACAAAUAUAUGAUGACAUGUAAAGCUGUACUGUAUAACAUUUGCAGACAUGGUUAUACUUGCAAACAUAUCAUCUGUAUAACCGUCAUUACAUAAGAAACAGAACGCUAGUAUUUAAUAUGGAAAAAUGAGCACUGUGUUGUAAAUAACGUUGUAAAUAUUUGCAUAUAUUUAUGCUUUUGAGUCCUUUUAUCACAUGUUUUAUUUUAUCAGAGUAUUAUCCGAUAGGCAAUUAGGCUAAAUAUGCUAGCGUACCAUGCGAUAAGUAGCAUUUGAUUAGAAACAUUCAUAGAUAAUCUAUGCGCGUCAAUAUGUGCAGGAUUAGCUUGACAAUUUGUUACAGAAAACUAACAACACCGAACCGAUUAACCCCUUUGAUAGCUCGGGCUUUACGCUCGUUGUUUAUAGUGAAUGAAGUGGCUGUAGGAACAUUUUUGAUAUUUUAUGAUCGCAUUGUACAUUUUCAUUAUCAUCUUGUUUACUAUAGCUAUUCAAUCAUGUUGGAGGACUUUGCAGAAUACACACUAUAUUUGAUACAUGGAAACCAAUGGCUGAAAGGUUUUUUGUUUAAAUAAUUGCUCUUAUUAAUCUAGCCUUUCAGUGUGUUAAA